AUGGCUGGCAACAACAACAACACCAACGUCCCAAACCCUGAUCCCUUCCACCUGCAACAGCUCAUCGAGGGUUCCACCCCCGAGGGGACGAAUCAGCAUCGGCGGGAAGGGCAGCAGCAUACCGCUGACGGGCAAAGGCGACAGAGGCAUGAGACCUCGCAACUCAACAAAAGACAACAACUUCAGAACGUCGAACAGGUUCAAAACGGUGGGAACGAGCAGCCUCAACCCGAGAAUGGACCCGAGCAGGCUCAAAACCUGAACGAAACUGACGCCAGAGACGGGCAGUUUGCUUCUUCGUUCACCCAUACCUCUGAGAGGCGAAGAGUACACUACGAAGGCGACCAAGAACAAGACGACAUCCCCGAGGAAGCCGACUCCACCACCGUCCUCUUGCUCAAGGAACUGCAGGAGACCAACCGUCUCCUCCGGCUUCAAGGCGACCGCAUUCACGAGCUAGAGAGGAAGCGAAGGUAUCGUUCCCCCUCACGGAGACACUACCGAUCGCGCUCCUACUCUUCCUCGCGCUCACCACCGAGGAGGUACCGUCGGCGUUCCCCAUCCUAUUCGCGCUCCCCUCAUAAGAGGUAUCGUCAUCAGAGAUCAUAUUCCCGCUCUCCAGUAUGA